UGCUGAGAUCCCACUAAUGGCAGCUGGCAGUGAAGGGAGUGCAUCACACAUGUGCAACCUUCACUCCAUCCACUAGUGUUUCCAAACCAGGGUGCCUCCAGCACCACAGUUCCACUAGUUUGGGAACACUGCUCUAAGCACUGCUGUUCACCCCUGUUGGGAACCCCAGCAGACAUAGUACAAGUCCCCUUAUACGUUUCCCACCUUUUAUAAAUCCCCUUCUGGCAUUGGCUCAAAACCGAAUGUAAAAAAAAAGCUACCACAAAACAUGGUGCAUGAAAAAAACUGAAAAAUAGCGCCAUAAACAACCACACACGGAUCUCUGAAACACUCCUCACACCGUGGCCGCCAUAAGCGCGGAGCAGGCCCCGGUGACAUGAAGCACCGACUGAGGCCGCACUCCACUUUCCACCACCAUGGGGCGCUAAACCCCUCCGUCUCCUCACACUACAGCGCGUGCCAUAAGUUCACUCGGCUCCGCCCCCUUCCUCUUUCCGCCUGUUGCCCUGCGGUAAAAUGGCGGCUGUCGGCAUGACCUGCAAGGGACGCUGCUCUGCCGCACGUGUUAUCAUGGCGCCGGGCUCUGACCCCCUGACCGGCGGAAGUAGAAGCCGAGAGCGCACGCGCAUUGGCGUCUAAUGGGAGGAGACGUCGCCGGAAGAGGCGGGGUUUCCAUCGCCGCAGCUCGGGGAGGGUGUGUGGGGGCUUGGCCUGUGUGACAAGCAGUGCGGGCCCCGCCGCUGUCACUCACUCGUCCUUCCUUCCUUUCCCGCACUAAUCCUCGUCUCUCUCCCGUGUCCCCCCCAGCCCCCUCCCCCCCACCCGAGUGUCUGCGCCCCGGGCCCCGCUCCGUGCCGUGAUAGGAUGCUCUUGUUCGUGGAGGGGUAGAUGUUCCUCAACAAACAGGAGUAGAACAUACUCUGCUGGCCAGUAGGUUUUACUGAUUCCUUGGCCGAACCUGUUUGUCCACAUCCAUUCACUUGUAUUGAAAUGUGGUGUCUAAAGGUGCUGGUUUGAAUCCUAAUGCAAAAGUAUGGCAGGAAAUCCCACAAGGAAACACUGAAGCUUCUGAGACUGUCAAUGGCACAGAGGAGUCUUGGGAUGAGGCAGUGGCCACAACAGAAACGCACACAGAAGGCAAUCUAGAAGGACUAGGUGACACGUGUAAACCCUUUGAAGUAAUGUAUUCCCCCUCUUGUGAAGUGAAUACGAAUGGCCUUCAGUUAGAGGAAGCAGCAGCCAAUGGAAUGGACUUAUUAGUACAAGACGAACUUGGAUACCAAAUGUUUGAGGUUUCAGGUGAAAGCACUUCAAGUGUUCCACAAGCUGUUUCUGCAGAAGAUCUGAAAGAAUGUCUGAAGAAACAAUUAGAAUUCUGCUUUUCAAGAGAGAACCUAUCUAAAGACUUAUACUUGAUGUCGCAAAUGGACAGUGAUCAGUUUGUACCAAUAUGGACAAUUGCAAAUAUGGAAGGGAUAAAGAAGCUGACCACUGACAUGGACCUUAUUGUUGAAGUUCUACGUUCUACUCCUGUGGUACAAGUUGAUGAAAAUGGAGAGAAAGUGAGACCAAACCACAAAAGAUGUAUUAUAAUUCUACGUGAAAUCCCAGAAACAACUCCUGUGGAGGAGGUGAAAGCACUAUUCGAUAAUGAAAAUUGUCCUAAAGUCAUAAGUUGUGAAUUUGCUCACAACAAUAACUGGUAUGUUACAUUCCAGUCUGACACUGAUGCACAACAGGCUUUUAAAUAUUUAAGGGAAGAAGUUAAAACAUUUCAGGACAAGCCAAUAAUGGCAAGGAUAAAAGCCAUCAACACAUUCUUUGCGAAGAAUGGAUAUCGAACGGUGGACUCCAGUGUGUACAGUCAGCCCGUUCAGACACAAGCACAGUUUCAUUCUCCACUCUUUAUGCAGCCUGUAUAUAGUCCACAUCAACAGUAUUCACUCUAUAACCUUGUGCCUCAGACAUGGUCUCCAAACCCAGCACCUUACUUUGAAACGCCACUAGCUCCGUUUCCAAAUGGCGGCUAUGUUAAUGGUUUCAGUUCUUCAGGAUCUUACAAAACAAGUGCUACUUUAAGUAUAGGUCGGCCGUUCCAUAGAAACCGUGUGAAGCCUCCAUUUCGAUCGUCUCCAAACUCUUCAGAAAGAACUACUGAGGGUGGCACUACGGCUCCUAUACCUUUAGCAGAUAUCCAUGUAAAUAGACCCAACUCUCGUAACUUUACGUUAGACCGGCACAUCACACAGUUAACUGGACAUCAGGAUAUUUUUUCAAAGGACUCACAAUCUUUACAUACAGAACAAAAUGGAACAGAUGGAGCUGCUCGAGGGAGAAGAAAUGUCUUUAGAGGAAGACGAAGAAGAGAUGAUGAUCGCACUUCUCGACCACUGGCUACUAUGGAAGAAAUGGCACCGACACCAAAGUUUGACUUGCUAGCAUCAAAUUUCCCUCCUUUGCCUGGCAGUGUAGUGAGCGCACCGGGGGAGCCUGUACUUGAAAGCAGGAUGGCUGAUGUUGUGAAAGGAAUCUGCAAAGAGAAAGAGAAUAAGGAAUUGCCUCCAGUCUCGACAAAUCCUGCUCAGGAAGACCCUGCAAAAAAUACAGUGCAGCACACUAUCACAACGCAGCAUUCUACACGAGCUGUUACCCCACCACCUCCACCCCAAACAAGCAACUCCAUUACUGAGAAGAAGCCGGCAGAGAAUUCUUGUCACAAAGAUGUUGCAAGUCAGACCCCAGCAGUGCUAUCGGUGAGCAGUUCUGGGAAACCAACUAAACCUUCCACCACUGCACCCAUAGGAAAUGCAUCUUCUGCUCAGAGUUCACAGGAACCUCGGAAACUAAGUUAUGCUGAGGUAUGUCAAAGGCCACCCAAGGAGCCUGCACCAGCUCCAGUCCAGCCACUUCGUGAGCUUCGUACAAAUAUUGCACCACCUGCCAAAAAUGAAGAAACCCCUGUUCCAGAUAAAGGUUCUGAAAAACCCCAUGAGAAAGUUGAAGGAAAAGUGAAAGAAUCUCCUGGGCACCGAAGCAACGGAACACCCCGAGGUGGUGCCGGAAAAAUCAGGGAACAGAGGCGCCAGUUUGGACGCAGGUCUUCACCUCAGGGAGCAACACGGCGUAAUGGCAAGGAACAAUAUGUGCCACCCAGAUCACCAAAGUAAAAACUUGUUGUCUCUUACCCAUCAACUCAGACUGAUGACCUGAAAGAAAGACUUGUAUAGAAAUGAUCGUCAUGUAUGUUAAUAACAUUGUACAAAGUCGGAAUAAUGGAAUCCAGCCUUCAUCUCGGAAUUUUAUGAGGUGGAAGUAUGUUCCAUAUGUGAUUUAGAAAAAAAUAACCUAAAUGUAGGACUUCUUUUUCCCAAAUUUUUUUUUAUUUUUUUUUUUCUUGGAUGGGAGGAACAUGUGGCUUUUUUUUUUUUUUUUUCUUUUAUAUACAUAUAAAUGUUGCAGGAGUUACCUGCUAUAUAUAUAUAAUUUUCAGGGUUGUGGCAUAAACCUAGAAGAUCCUCUGUCGAAGAGGGUAAAAGAAAUAUUUUUGAGAAAUAGAAAAAAUAUAAAAAAAAUUAAUAAAAAAUAAAUAAAAAAAUAGAAAUUUAAAAUUAAUUUUUUAAAAUCUAUUUAAGGCUUUGCUGGUAGUAUAUAUGCCAUUUUGGCCUUGAAGUGGAAUAACAAGAUGGUGUGUGGUCAGUGUGUUAUGUAACUGGCCAGAUGCUGUUUAGUCAGACUAUAAACCUGAAUGUACAGCUAUUGUCAUGUCUAUUAGCUUGAAAUUUAGUUUGUCUUUUGACCUUACUAAAAUUUCUUUGGAAGUGGUUUACCUAUCAAGCCGGACAUUUUUGGGAAGAUAACAGAAGCUUAGCUAUAGCAAAGGCAUGAGUGUCUGUAAUUCAGCAUCUCUCAUAUGUACUAUUUUUUUUUUUUUUUUUUUGUGUCCGUCUCAAGCAUGGUUUUCACCAUUAGCCAUGUUAAUCUGUGAAUCCAUGCGGUGUAUACGUAUGUCGUCUUUAAGAAAGGGCUAUGCAUAACAGAUCUGAUAUCUAAUCGUUCUCGCUGGAAGGAUUAAAGUGUCAUUAUUAUUUAUCCGGGACUAUGGGGGUUUUCAUAGAUUUAUAGUAAACCGAUGCAAUCUCUUCCACCAACCUUUGUAAAAUCCAUACAUUUUAUGUUUCCCCCCGCCAUUAUCCUCAUAGCCUUCAGAAACUGGUGGCUCUAUAGUUAUUACAAUAGAAGUCAUUACAACAGAACUAGUUUUAUAUUGGAUUUUAUUUUUUAUUUUUGCAAUUGAAUUAAAACAUGCCCUGUCUGAUGUUUCAUAGUUGUUUUUUUUUUUUUUUUUUUUUUUUUUUUUUUCUCUGUA